AUGAACGUAGGCUCCGCCCCCGCAGGCGGAACUGCGCAACAACCUCUCGAAAACCGUCCUGUAGUGAAACGCAAGAAGCCUCAGUCCGAUCCUUUCUUCAAGGGCCCCAAGAGGAAUCCCGCCUUCAAGCCUCAACUCAACAACCACCCGGCUGCGCCCUUGAAUGGCCAACCUACGUCCAAGUCGCAGCCGCCACAACCCUUGACCCCAGCAAGCCAGCGCGAUACGUCGCUUGCGAAAACCGCCAUACAAGAGAAUGAACGCUACAGUGGCUUCACCGACCCGCGCGUUCCUGCCGAAGGCAUUCCUUACAAAGAUUACAAGCUGGUGACCACAAAGAGAGAUCUUCUGGCGGGUCUGAGGUACCAUAUACUACAGUUAGCUGGAGACAAAGUUGUCGACAUUCGCAAUGAGUCUGAAUUUCCAAAGCCCGCUCGGUUGCACCGCCGCGAUCCAAGAGCUCCUCCCCCGGGGCAUCAACACCAGCUGAAAACAGAGGAACCGGGACAACCUGAGCCAAAGGACGGCCUCAACGCCGCCGAGAGGGAAGAGUUGACAAGAAGAAAAGAGAUUCGACAAAGGGAACGCGAGGCGAAUCUAGCACAGAUUGCCCCUUCACAGAAUACCGCAAACAAGAGAAUGAACGCCUUCAAGAAAAAGACACAGCAAGUGUUCAGGCCCGAAUUCUCUGCCGAAGACAAGCGCCGAAUCCAAACAAACUACGAGGAGAAACUACCUUGGCAUCUGGAAGACUUCGACAGUAAACAUUGUCUGAUCGGUAGCCAUCAGAUGGGAGCAAUGAAUUCCAAUGCAGCGUUUAUCUUCGAGCCAGGAGUCGACGCUUCAUCAGAACGAGUGCGACUUGUUCCGAUUGAGAAAGUCUAUCAAUUCAAACCAAAGCGAGAAUUGGCGCAGCAGAUGACAAUUGAAGAAGUCGAGGCUGCCAUGAAGAAGAGAGGCUCUGAUCCGGAAUGGUUGAUUCGCCAACGAGAAGCUCGUAUCGCUGAAGCGUCCAGAGAUCUGGCUGCCAAGCGUACCAAAGGUGUCUUUACAGGUGCUCAAACUCAGAGCAUCGCAGGCCGAACCGGUGAAGAAGCCGAUCUGGACUAUGAGGACGACUUUGCCGACGACGAAGAAGGUGAUCUUUUUGUAGACAAGGACGAAGACGAAAAGCUUGCCGAGAAACGGAUCAAAGAGGACCAACUGCAGGCUAAUUUCCUCGAUUUCAAGGAUCUGAAAGAGUACGACGAGGCCGAGGAACGAGAGAAGCGCGAAGCCGAAGCCCGAAAGCGCAACUUCAAGGAGCUGCGUAAAGCCCUCGAACGACGUGAGCAUAACUACAAUCAUGGAACCGAUUCAGAGUACGAAUCUUCUGUAAGUCUUCAUUAUUGCCCUCUUUUGGAUCUGACUGACAUACGUAACCAGACCGAUUCCGAAGAAGAACGCGAGCGCCUUGAGCGCGAACGUAUCGCCAAUAUCAAAAAGGAAGAUGAGGAUGGCAAAAAGUCCGCCAUUCCUAGCCCAAGUGGAACCCCCUCAGGGCGAAAGGAGAAGAGAGGCACUGGCAGCGAUCGUGAGAGAGCUCGUGGCCUCAAACGUCCUGGUAGUCCUAAUCUGUCCGAAGCUAGCGGCACCGAUGCCUCGACCCGCAAGAAGAAACUAAAAUCCAAGCAUCUUUCGUCCAGCCAGCCUACACCCAGUGUCUCGAGACCUAUGUCUCCUGCAAAUGUACCUGGCCAAGUUCGGAAACGACCCGGCGCUGGUUCAGACACUGACGCGGGCGUGAGCGACCGCGAUGGCGGUGCAAUGUCCGACGCGAGCCGCGCGCGGAAAAUCAAGCUGAAGAUGAGCGCAAGUCCGCCUGCCACAAGCCCACCGAGUAGAACUGGGAGCCCGGCGCCCGGUAUUGUUGGUGGCGCACCAAGUCCGACGCAAGCACCUACAGCUUUCCCGAGUGUUCAGGAGAUUAAGAAUGCGAUCCCAUCCCAUGGCAUCACUAUCAAGGAUCUCAUGAAGAUUGUGGCGCACCCAAGAGAGCGACGAGGGGAAUUCGUCAAUCUGGUCAAGGAAGUUGCCAAGAUGGAUAAAGAGAGGAACGUGCUGGUAUUAAAAUAG